CCCUUUGCCCUUCGCCUCUUACAGAUUCCUUUGUUUGGGUUCGUCUGUCCUCCUCCUCCUCCUCCUCCACGGCUCCACCCCGCUCCCGUCGUGCCGGAGCCGAAUACCGGUGGCGGUCUCCUCUCCUGCAAGAGUGCAGCGGUGCGGGGGCACACUAGGCUAGGCAUCCAUGGUCGUUGUAUCCGUAUGCGUGCCUUCGAUCCUGAUCCGUACACACACACACUAACUAACUACCCCCAAAUAACACACGCUCUGAAAUUCGGCCCUGAACCAUGGCAAAACCAUGGUCCAUGGACCUCUAGUUCCCCACGUUCAUUUAUAGUGGUGUCUCUUUAGUCUGACAUGAGAAACCCGUGCCAAGAAAAUGUACCCAAUCAGCUGCGACACAAGAGCCGUGGCUGAAAUCAUUGUUCGCUGAUUUAUUGCCAGAGAAAAACAUUGCUGGCUGAUUUGGUGUGAGACAAAAACACUGCUGAAAUUCACCUGAACAAGCUCAAAGUCAACGCACCUGCGCAUCUUGAGCCAAAUAUACCCCGUACUAGUACCUCCCCAUCCACAAGGAAUAUACCAUGCCGUACCUCUCACUCUCAAUCUCCAAGAUUUCUGGUUUUGUGCUCGUGUUAAGGUGAUGCUGCGCAUGAGAAAUAGUUAUGCUUUCUUUGUGCUUUCAGCUUCUUUCAAUAAAGCAUGGCUCCGUUAAACUUGCUGGGUGGGUUACACUUACACUUGCCUUCUGUUUCUGAACAUUGACCUCCGUCACUGCAGUGCCAAUCGGCACUUUCUUUUUACUCCAGAAAAAAGAAAAAAGGUCAAUGCUGAUUCUGAAACUCGGAUCAGAUAGACGUUGAUACUCAUUCUACUCAUCAAAUAAGCGUUGUCAGAUCACAGUGCUACACACGCUGGUUCAGUGGUGACUGAAUCUGCAGGUGCUGCUAAUAUGGAAACAUACACCACCGAUGACGCUCUUACCCUCAUCGGGUUUGGAAAGUUCCAAGCACUUGUCCUUGCGUAUGCAGGAAUGGGUUGGCUUACAGAAGCCAUGGAGGUUAUGCUAUUAUCAUUUCUUGGACCAGUGGUGCGGGAAGAGUGGAAUGUCUCUCCCGAAGAUGAGAGCCUGCUAUCCAGUGUUGUGUUUGCUGGCAUGCUAAUUGGAGCUUGUGCCUGGGGCUUUAUUUCCGACAGAUAUGGAAGAAAGACUGUUCUAUUGCUUUCAACUCUGCUUACUAGUGGAAUGGGUUUUCUAAGUGCUUUAUCUCCUAACUACUUGUGCUUGCUGGUUCUUCGGUUUUUUGUCGGCAUAGGAGUGGGCAGUGGCCAUGUAUUUACAUCUUGGUUCUUGGAGUUCGUUCCAGCAGGAAAUCGUGGCACUUGGAUGGUUAUUUUUUCCUUUUUCUGGACUAUUGGCACAGUCUUGGAGGCUUCACUUGCAUGGGCUGUACUAUCCGCAUUAAGUUGGAGGUGGUUGCUGGCAUUGACCGCCCUGCCAUGCUUCCUCUUGCUUCCUUUCUUCAGAAUUACACCUGAGUCACCACGCUAUCUUUGUGCACAAAAUAGAAUGACUGAUGCAAGGCUUGUCCUGGAAAGAAUAGCCAUUGCAAACCAAGCAGCUCUUCCUUUGGGAGUUCUCACAUACCAUCAAGAAACAAAAACUGACUACAUCACUCAUGUUUCUGAGGAUGAACACCUUAUUCCAGUCAGAGAGAAGGAACAUACAGUUAGGAAUGCUAUUAGAUCCAAAUCUGGUGCUAUUGCUGCAUUGCGCGAGCUAUUAUCACAUAACUUGCUCAGAUCAACUCUUCUUCUUUGGUUUGUUUACUAUGCAUGUUCCUUCGCUUAUUAUGGGAUAGCAUUGCUGUCAUCACAACUAAGUGAUGUGAAUAGAAGCUGUAAAUCUGGUCUGAUCUUUGAAGUGCACCAAAACGAUGGCAAUCUUUAUAAAGAUACUUUUAUCACUAGUUUAGCAGAGAUUCCAGGCUUAAUUUUGUCCGCUCUGCUUGUUGAUCGGUUUGGCCGGAAAGCUACUAUGUGGAGCCUGAUGUUUGCAUGCUGUGCUUUCCUUGGGCCACUCGUACUUCAUCAGAAUGAGUUGUUGACAACUACUCUUCUAUUCGGAGCUCGUGCUUGUGGCACCGGUACCACAACGAUUUUAUGUCUAUAUGCCCCAGAGGUGUAUCCGACAUCUGUACGCUCAACGGGGGUCGGAAUCGCAACCGCCAUUGGUAAGAUCGGCGGGGUUAUUUGCCCACUCGUCGCCGUGGGCAUGCUGCGGAACUGCCACCAGAUGGAAGCAGUGCUGGUGUUUGAGCUGGUGCUGUUCCUCGCUGGAGUUGCGUGCAUUCUCUUCCCUGUAGAGACCAAGGGCCGAGAAAUGGACUGAAGGACGCAUGGUGUUAGCUAACUCAGGACACUUGGGGCGUCCAGAUGGGCUUGUGGUUCAUCAUAAUUGUGUAUAGAUACAACUAUAUCCACGACAAGUUUAGUGGAUAUAUGCAAAGACGUGUAAAGAGAAGUUAUAAUCAUUACGAAAAAAGAACUAGCAAUUUGUAAUAGGAUUUAUUCUUAUCAAACGUCCUCAUCUUCAGGUAAAUAAAUUUGUAAAGUUAAGUAAACAUGUGGUGGCCAGUGAUUAUAACGAGAGGAUAUUCUCGUGGUGCUGGA